AUGGAAGUGCCGCGCGGGCGAGCGCGAGCGGCCACGUCACCAUCAAAGAGGACCAUCUUGCUGGGACUUCUCCUGAUGGGGCUGUGCUGGGGUGCGGUGCCAGCACGAGCCGUCGUUGGCGCCGGCCCCGCCAGCCUCUCCUCCCUCUUCCGCUCCUGGCGCACAGCCUACCAUUACGUCCGGGACGACCUGGACGUUUCUGUGGCUGUAGCGACCAACCUCACGGCUGCCCUCACCCAGUUCGAUGACGACCUGGUCAACUUCGCGGUGGCCGAAUCGGUGGUGACGGACACCACGCUGCUCGCUCCCUUCGGCGGCCCGUUCGUGCAGCUGCCGCUCACGGCCAGCGCCAUCGUGAUGGGCUACCACCUGCCUCAGCUAAACGCCACCACCGACACGCUCGUGUUCGACCUGCCCACGCUCGCGCGAAUCUGGCGCGGCGACAUCACCCUGUGGAACGAUUCGGCCAUCGCCGCGCUCAAUCCCGCCAUUGCGCUCAAGCUUCCCGGCGCGCCGAUCGAGCUCCUCUACAAGCGCAUCGCCGAUCCGCUGCGCGCCGACGUGACGGCGGCGUUCACCAAGGCGCUCUGUCACGACGCGGCCUUUGACGCGGCGUUCGAGGCUGCUGGUGGCUCGCUCUACGGCCUGCUCGGCGGCAGCGGCUACGCGGACAACAACGUGACGAACCGGAAGUCCCGCCUUCUGUCGGCGCCGUACACGCUGAGCUACUUCCGGCUGGUGGACACGAUGGGCAUGAGCUACUCGGUGAUGAAGGACGCCAACGGCACCACGGUGGCGCCCAGCGCGACCACCGUGCAGAGCGCCCUGGCCUGGUACCGCACGACGGUGUUCGACAAUCAGUUCGUGGCGGACAUCAGCAACGGCGGAAACGGCAGCUGGCCGCUGACCUAUCUCGCCGCGGUGGUGCUUGUGCCUUUGAACGCGAGCAUAGCGACCAACUGCCCGCAGGUGAAGGACCUGUUGGACUACAUCAGCUGGACCCAGGUGAACGAUUAUGCGGUGACGUUGGCGCAGAAUGAGGGCUUUGUGAGUCUGGACAUUGCAUACCGUCGCCGUUUGAUGGACACGCUGGGCACGAUCACCUGCGACAACGUGCGCGCCACUAGCUCGGCCUACGUCAUCGGCCUCGGCGCGCCGCAGCCGGUCUACACAGCCUGGGCCGCCGAGUACCGGCAGAGCAAUUUCAAGAUGAAGUUCUUCACCGGCGAUGCGCUCACCUCCACCAAGUACAUGCAGACAGGCGACAUCGACUUCGGUUCGACGGUGGUGCCUCUGAGCGCAGAGACCCUAGAGCCCAUGCCCGAUGUGAUCGCCGUCAAAGUGACCGCUCACGCCUACUGCUUCACCUACAACGUCAAGAAUUGGAACGACACGCGCAUACGAGAGCUCAAUCCGGCCGUGGCACACCUCUUGCCGAACCAGGACAUUAUGAUCCCGGUGGUCACCACGGCGCAGACCUCCGUCCAGGCGGUCAUGCAAACGCUCAGCGCCCGCGUGCCCGAGUUCAACACAAUGGUGGGUCCAGUUGCUCUGCCCACCUACCCGGUGGCCCAGCAGGACCCGAACCGAACCAUCACCACCAGCGGGCUGGGCGCGAUGCAGACCGCGCUCGACAACACGAAAUACAUCUUCUCCUGGUGGGUCCACUUCCUCACGCUCAACUCCGCGCCCACGCUCCAAUUCGCACAGAUCCCCAACGCCGAGGGCCGAUACGUCACACCCAACGAUGUCACCAUCGUGUCGGCCAUCACCAACCACCAGGGCAGUCCGACCGACCUGUUCAUCAUGCUGUGUACCUAUCCGAUGGUGACGUUCAAUGCGCUCAUGGUGCGGUCGGAGACCCUGCCCGACCUGGCCAAGGCGCAGGCCCUCGUCGACUGGAUUUAUUGGACCCAAACCGACACCAACGCGAGGCAGAUUGCCCGUUCAGGACAUAUGGUGGUGGCGUCCAUGGCUCAAACGGCCAAGUCCGAUCUGCUCGACCAGCUGGCAACGGUCACCUCGCAGGGCGAUCCCGCGUUCUCCCUCGCCGGGUGCAUCUAUGAGGGCACCAUCUGCGCCGACCAGGGCACCUGUGUCAACUCCACGUGCGUCUGUUAUGCCGAGCGCGAGGGCGAGUACUGCGAGCGCAAGAAGACCAACACGACGGCGCUGGGCGUGAUCCUGGGCGUGGCGCUGGGCGCCGGCGUUCCGGGCCUCAUUCUCCUUCUGGUGGCUGCCGUGGCGCUGGGCCUGGGCUGCUGGCUGCUGGGCCGGUCGCGCGGCCGGGGCCGGCAGGACUGGGAGAUCGACUUCGACGAGCUCGAGAUGGGCGACAUCCUGGGCAGCGGCGGCUACGGCGAAGUCUACCGUUGGAAGGGGACCGACGUGGCGGUGAAGCUGAUCGCCGCCGAGCAGGGCGUGCUCUCCAAGGAGAUGCAGCGCGCCUUCAAGGACGAAGUGGAGGUGAUGACCGCGCUGCGCCAUCCGCACGUGGUGCUCUUCAUGGCGGCGUGCACGCGGCCGCCGCGCAUGUGCAUCGUCAUGGAGUUCAUGGCCCUCGGCUCCCUUUUCGACCUGAUCCACAACGAGCUGAUCUCCGAUCUGCCGCUGCCCCUCAUGGUGCGGCUGGCGCUGCAGGCGGCCAAGGGCAUGCACUUCCUCCACUCGUCGGGCAUCGUGCACCGCGACCUCAAGUCGCUCAACCUGCUGCUCGACGCCAAGUGGAACUUGAAGGUGAGCGACUUCGGCCUCACCCGCUUCAAGGGCGACCUCAAGAAGAACGCGCCGGCCCAGCAGCAGGGCAGCAUCCACUGGAUGGCGCCCGAAACUCUCUCGGAGCAGACCGGAGUCGACUACGUGCUGGCCGAUGUGUACGCCUUCGGCAUCAUCCUCUGGGAGCUGCUCACCAGGGAGCAACCGUACGCCGGGCUCACGCCGGCUGCCAUUGCCGUGGCGGUCAUCAGGGACAACGCAAGGCCGGCCAUAACCAUGAGGUCGGUCGACCCGGACUACGAGAAGCUGAUCACCGACUGCUGGCACCGCGACCCGAGCGUGCGUCCGACCUUCCUCGAGGUCAUGACCCGCCUGUCGGCCAUGAUCGAAGAGGGCGGCGGCGGCGGCGGCACCUCGUCCUCCUCCUCCCGCGCCUCAAGUCGGGGCUACCUCAACCAGAGCGGCCGGGCCUCGACGGCGAGCAGUCGGUCGACGACGGAUGACGACGACAAUGCGCGGAUCCACUUGCCCGACCUGGUCGGGGGCGUGCCGCCGCCAGAGGGCGAGGUGGCGCUGGUGUUUACCGACAUCGCCAAGGCGGCGUCGCUCUGGUCGACGUGCCCCAACGCCAUGCGCGACGCCACGCUGCUCCACAACGCCCUGCUGCGCUCGCUGCUGGCCAAGCACCGGGGCUACGAGGCCAUCUUCAUCAAGGACAAGAUUGUCGGCGAGGGCUCCUUCUGCAUGGCCUUCUCCACCGUGGUCGACGCGCUUGCGUGGUGCGGCGACGUCCAGCGCAAGCUGAUCCACGUCGACUGGCCGGAAGAGCUGCUGGACCAGGCCGACGUGGCCGAGGAGAUCGGCGGCGUCGACGACCGGGUCAUCUUCCGCGGGCUGCGGGUGCGGAUGGGCGUGCACGUGGGAGUGCCCAAGCUGCGGCGGGACCCGAUGUCGCGGCGGGUGGAGUACCUCGGGCCGCCGGUGGUGGCCGCGGCCCGGGUGACGGUGCUGGCCCAGGGCGGCCAGGUCCUGCUGACCCGCACGGCCUUCGAGCGGCUGCGCAACACUGACUUGGUCAAGGAGCGCCGACGCUUCGCGCGGCUCGGGGCCACCGAGCUGGGCGACGAGCCCGGCAAGACCGAGAUCUUCGAGAUGCGGGUGCGCGGACUCGAGCCGCGCUACUUUGGGGACUUUGGCGCGGCCGUUGCGGGCGACGCCGAGUCGUCGUCGAGCGACUACGACGAGUCGCGCGCCAGGAGGAGCAAGUACGGGAGCGAUGUCGACGAUGUCGACGACCUCGACGCCGACAUCUCCGACCGGACAGUCGACCUGGAGAAGCUGGCCAGCGGGCUCGGCGAGGACACGUUUCUCACGGGCGCCAACCUGGUGCGGUGGGUCAUCAGGUACGACGACAUCCAGUUGGGCGACCAGAUCGGCAUCGGCUCGUACGGCGUCGUGUUCAAGGGUUCGUGGAAGGGCAUCGACGUGGCGGUGAAGCGGUUCAUCAAGCAGCGGCUCGACGAGCGGCACCUGCUGGAGUUCAGGGCCGAGGUGGCGUGCCUGUCGGAGAUGCGGCAUCCGAACAUCGUACUGUUCAUCGGGGCGUGCCUGCGCAUGCCCAACCUGUGCCUGGUCACCGAGUGGGUCAAGCAGGGCUCCCUCAAGGCCCUCCUGUCGACCACCACCAUCAAGCUCCCGUGGCAGAUGAGGCUGCGCAUGCUGCGGGACGCGGCGCGCGGCAUGCACUACCUGCACACGCUCGAGCCGUGCAUCAUACACCGCGACCUCAAGACGUCGAACCUGCUGGUGGACGAGUCGUGGAACGUCAAGGUGGCCGACUUCGGCUUCGCCCGCAUCAAGGAGGAGAACAUCACGAUGACCCGGUGCGGCACGCCGGCGUGGACGGCACCGGAGGUGAUCCGCGGCGAACACUACUCGGAGCUGGCCGACGUGUACAGCUUCGGGAUCAUCAUGUGGGAGAUGGCGACGAGGAAGCAGCCGUACGCGGGGCGCAACUUCAUGGGCGUGACGCUGGACGUGCUCGAGGGCAAGCGGCCGCAGGUGCCCGCCGACUGCCCCGCCGACUACCGCGCGAUGAUGACCCAGUGCUGGAAGGGCAAGCCCAAGAAGCGACCGAGCAUGGAGGAGGUCCUUCGAUUCCUCAAUUCGGCCCUGGGCGAGCUGUUCACCAAAGAAGACGAUGAGAGUGUCUGA